AAAUCCUAUAAAAUAUAACAUAUUGCACAUGGGGUUAUGUCAAAAAAAUAAUGCAACUUGGAGAAUUAAAAAAAUAAAAAAGCCCCUGGAAUCCAGUAAAAGUAGGGAAACUAGGUAAAGCUAAAGUGCUUCUUGAGCUGCAAGUGUAAUUUAUAUUUCAUGUUUGUCUUCUCUAAAGUGAAAAACCGAACCAGUUAUUCCACAAACAAACAUGCACUACACACAAAACCUAGAUUAAACUACAGAGUUAACAUAUGACUCUUGGAUUGUUUGCACUGUAUAAUACAGGAACCCUAGUUAGGGUUUAUAGCAAUCCAUAAGAUAAGACAAUUAAUGUUUACCAGCUUCGGAGUUUUCUUCUUGUUUUAGUGUGUUUUUUCUAAAGUAGUGAAACACAAUAGUCCUUGGACUAAGUAGAGGUGGCAGUGAGAACUGAGAGUAAAAAGGUCAAAAUUUAGGAAUAUGUAUGAACACACAAGACAAGAGAAGAACUCUGGCUAAAGACAACACUUUCAUACUUGGAAGUAUUUAAGAAGUCUUUUUUUUUAAAGAUAAAAAAUAAAUUAAAAUUCUCUGUGGUGUUUGUCCUUUUCCUUAACUGUGCCAUCCCUCAUCUGCUCCUCUUUAAAAUGAUACCUUCUCCUUCAUAUGUUUACAUAUCUCAAGAAGAUAUAUGAACAGAGAGAGAGAGAGAGAUGGAGAAAUCUGUUGGCAGUUCAUGUGAUCAUGCAGAAGAAGACUAUAUUGACAUGGAAGUUGCCUCACAUUCCUCCAUUUCCAACCAUUCCAAAUGCUCUCCACCCCAUCCGAGAGAAUUUGAGUUCCAAAUGUUCUCAAGCUCCUCACAAAGGGACACCAUCACUUCCCCAGCAGAUGAACUCUUCUGCAAAGGGAAACUUCUCCCUCUUCACCACCUCCCACCUCGUGUAGAAAUGGUAGAGAAGCUCCUCCAGAAUCCUACCACUUGCACUAACAAACCCAAAAAUUAUGACGAGGUUGAUGUGUUUGAAGAGUCUGCCUGUUUAUUCACAACCAUGACUCAUACUCCUACCAGCAAUACCCCAUUCCAGUCCUGUAAUAUUUCUCCCUCGGAGUCCUUCCGAGUUAGUGGGGAACUAAACCCUGAUGAUUACUUUGUUGAGCAAGCAACAGAAGAAGUCGGUAUCUUUUCUUCAGAUGAAAAUUCAAAAAGAUUCCAGACGAGAAAGCUUAAGCUGAUCAAGCAGUCCGCAUUGAGCUCAAAACUGAAAGCUUCCCGAGCUUUCCUAAGAUCUUUAUUUGCUAAAUCCAGCUGCUCAUCAAGUGAAGCUUCUGCAGUUACUUCAAGAAUCAUUAAAAAAGGAUGUGUUCCUCCUGCCAGUGAGGAUUCCAAAGUAUCCAAGAAGGAUCCAUUCGGUCAAACUCAAAGAUAUGGAUAUCAAAGUUCAUCUUCUCUUGCAAAGAGCUUCAACAAAGAAAAUGAAGGGUCAUUUUCAGGUUCUUUCAGAACGGUAUCAACGACAAAAUCUUCACAUUCAGAGAUUGAGAAUUCAAUCCAGGCAGCCAUUGCUCACUGUAAAAGAUCUCAGCAGCAGUUUCAAACAAGAAAGAACACAACUGACCUUGGAUUUUGCUCACUGUCAGCUUCUAGAGUUAUAUAUGAAGAACAAGAAAGACCGGAGCUCUGCAGGGACAUGUGAAAGUUAAAGGAUCUUCAAAGAAGCACAAAUCUUUAAGGUAACCCCAUCACUCUGAAUAAGCUUAGUUCAC